GAAAACAAGCACAGUUCAACUAGAGACUGUAGAGGCUGGAGUCAAGCUUGGACCAAAGGGACCUUCUUCAGGCAUAAAUAGCAGGAAUCCUGCUCUCUUCUCUUGCAGAACUGCUCAGCUGCAAGCAAAAGCCAGCACACUUCAACUUAUCAGUGCGCCACAGGAAAUGCCUGGAAGUGUGAAGUAUUUGAAAUGGAAACUUUGAUACUUGUCCCCAGCUCUGACAAAAUGAUCACUACACUGCUUUUAACAGUUCUGAGCUGCGCCACUUCUUUGCCUCUUGAUGACCAUUCAGUAUGCACAGCAGAGGAACUUGCCACAUACAGCAUUGUUUUCUCAGGAAAAUGGAGCCAGGUAGCUUUCCCUAAGCAGUACCCGCUCUACAGGCCUCCAGCACAAUGGUCAUCCCUUCUAGGCGUGACCCAUAAUUCUGAUUACAGCAUAUGGAAAACAAAUGAAUACGCCAGUAAUGGUAUGCGUGACUUUGCUGAAAGAGGAGAACCGUGGACAUUAAUGAAGGAAAUCGAAGCAGCUGGAGAAAAAAUCCAAAGUGUUCAUGGAAUCUUCUCUGCUCCUGCCAUAUCCAUUGGCACAGGGCAAACCUCCACAGACCUAGAGGUUCAUUCAGGACAUCCACUGGUUUCCAUUGUAGUGCGGAUUGUGCCCAGUCCUGACUGGUUUGUGGGCAUAGAUAGUUUAAAUCUCUGUGACAAAGAUCACUGGAAACAACAAAUAUCGUUGGAGCUUUUCCCAUAUGAUGCUGGAACUGACAGCGGAUUCACAUUUUCCUCACCCAACUUUGCCACCAUUCCACAAGAUACUGUCACAGAGAUCACAAGUUCCUCUCCAAGUCACCCAGCAAAUUCAUUCUUUUACCCCAAGCUUAAAAAUUUACCACCUAUUGCUCGAGUAACCCUGGUAAAGCUUAAAAGAAGCAGACUGGGGUUUCCUAUUCCUCAAACCAAUGUGACAGCAAUAGGUAAUGAAAUAGAUGAUUCGGUGUCAGAAACUCCACUGGACUGUGAGACAUCCCUCUGGUCUUCUUGGGGCCUUUGCAAAGGCACUUGUGGAUAUUUAGGAAGCAAAAGAAGAACACGUUAUAUACGUCUUCAGCCUGCCAACAAUGGGACACCCUGUCCGAACCUGUAUGAAGAAGCAGAAUGUGAACCAGAUAAUUGUGUUUAAGAUCAGAUAGUUCUUUUAGAAAAUUAUUUAGAUAAUUUAAAAAUAGGAUAUACCUAGUUAAUAUUGCCUAUUCUGUUAAUAUUCUGUUAAUAGUUCAGGGUAGUUGUAAUAUUUUGUUGUCAUUUUUACGUAAUUGGAUAGAUGAAUGUACUUGUUUCCAGCCAAGAAAACAGAAUUUCGUUUGUGAAUGCCUGCAUUGCCUCCUAGUGGUAGAAAAUAUAGUAAAACUAUAUUUUUACACCUCUGUUAGAAAAGCACUUUUGCUCUAAAAGAAUUAAAUUGUGUAGUUUGGAAAAGUAUUUGCAUUUGUUCUGUUCUCCAAAUUAUUUUGCUAGAAUGUGUUGGCAUUUAUGAUGCAUUGUCAGAACAAAACAAAA